UGAUGAUAUGCAUCUUUCCCUUCCCUUUGUCCAGAGUGAAAAGAAACACUCUGUUUUGAGAAUUUCGCCCAAAAACCCUAGUCGUCUUAUUUUUCUCUAAAACGCACAAUUGCUAAGUUAGAAAAAAGAUGGCAGGUGGAUCAGAUGCUGUAGAAAACACGGGCUUAUCUUGUGCUAGAUGCGGCGAACCAGCUCAUCUGCAAUGCCCCAAGUGCGUACAACUAAAGCUUCCUCGUCAAGGUGCCGCUUUCUGUUCCCAAGACUGUUUCAAGGCAUCCUGGAGUUCUCAUAAAUCUGUUCACUCAAAUUCAAAUUCUUCCCCUGCAUCUGAAAAUUCUAGUGAAAGAAAUUCGGGCCUGCCCAAUGAUGGCUGGCUUUACUGCAUGCGCAAAGGACAAUCUCGGACACCAAAAAUGCCGUAUUUUGACUGGACAGGACCAUUAAGGCCAUAUCCAAUAUCGCAGAAACGUUUUGUGCCUGCUCAUAUUGAUCUACCUGACUGGGCUAUUGAUGGAAUUCCAAAAAUUGAGCCCAACAGUGAUCUGCAACAUGUUGUUGAGAUCAAGACUCCAGAGCAAAUUGAGAGAAUGAGAGAAACUUGCCGGAUUGCAAGGGAAGUUUUGGAUGCUGCUGCUCGGAUAGUAAGACCUGGAAUUACUACUGAUGAGAUUGAUGCUGUUGUUCAUGAAGCAACUAUUGCUGCUGGAGGAUAUCCAUCUCCUUUAAAUUAUCAUUUCUUUCCAAAGUCUUGCUGCACGUCAGUAAAUGAAGUUAUCUGCCAUGGGAUUCCUGAUGCAAGGAUAUUAGAGGAUGGUGAUAUUGUAAAUGUAGAUGUGACUGUGUAUUAUAAAGGGGUACAUGGUGACUUGAAUGAAACAUUCUUUGUGGGUAAUGUUGAUGAAGCAUCUAAACGGCUGGUUCAGUGUACAUAUGAAUGCUUGGAUAAAGCAAUAGCAGCUGUUAAACCUGGGGUGCGUUUUCGGGAAAUGGGGGAAAUCAUUAGCCGGCAUGCUUCUAUGUCUGGUUUCUCUGUGGUGAAAUCUUAUUGUGGUCAUGGAAUUGGCGAGCUCUUCCACUGUGCUCCAAAUAUACCCCAUUAUGCAAGAAAUAAAGCUGUUGGAGUGAUGAAAGCAGGACAGACAUUUACCAUUGAACCUAUGAUAAAUUCUGGUGUUUGGCGCGACAGGAUGUGGCCUGAUGGAUGGACUUCUGUAACUGCAGAUGGGAAAUGCAGUGCCCAAUUUGAACAUACACUUCUGGUUACAGAUACAGGAUGUGAAGUUCUUACGGCACGCCUGCCAUCGUCUCCAAAAGUAUUUCCUUGGGCAAGUCCAUGAUAGAUGGAUUUAUGGUUCAGGGGGUUAUUGGUGAGAUAAUUCAAGCAACAUUUUGCAACUGCUUGAGGAAUGCAGUUUUCUUGUUGCUUACUUGUUGAGAGUGGCAAGGUGUUGUAAUAGUACUUUGUGUGGUGGUUAUCAAAUUUUGAGUUAAAAUUUUCCAAAUGUUUGUAUAAUUUUCAGAAACAGAAUAAGAUAGCAAACGAAAGAGCUUGAAUUUAUGUGGCA